CGCGAGCGCUUGGCGUGCGGGGUUUAAAGUACACGCGAACACCUUCGGAGCGGCUAAUAGUCGGCGAUUCAUUGAGUAGUUAGUUGAUCACAUCCGAGGGAGAACCAUCACACAUCGCAUCAUGAUCAACACAGGAAAGUUGAGUGGUCUGACAAUAUUCAUCACCGGAGGUUCUCGCGGUAUUGGCAAAGCCAUCGCGUUGAAGGCAGCUAGAGAUGGAGCCAACAUUGUGAUUGCGGCCAAGACAGCUGAACCACAUCCAAAACUCGAAGGCACUAUUUACACAGCAGCUGCCGAAAUUGAAGCAGCGGGCGGUAAAUGCCUACCUUGCAUCGUUGACGUCCGCAACGAGGAACAGGUACGAGCAGCCGUUCAGAAAGCCGUUGAAACAUUUGGUGGAAUAGACAUUCUAAUCAAUAAUGCAUCAGCUAUUUCGCUAAGCGCCACAGAGGAGACUUCCAUGAAGAAGUACGACCUAAUGCACAGCGUCAAUGUCAGAGGCACAUUUUUGGUAACAAAAGAAUGUCUGCCACAUCUGAAGAAAUCAAAACGCGCACACGUCCUUAUGCUCUCACCGCCUUUGAAUAUGUCUGCACAUUGGUUUAAGCCUUUUGUGGCAUACACCAUCUCGAAGUAUGGGAUGUCCAUGUGCGUGCUUGGAAUGGCCGAGGAGUUCAAAGAAUUCGGCAUUGCUGUCAACGCGCUAUGGCCACGCACAAUUAUCCAUACAGCAGCAUCCGAUAUGCUUACUGGUGGUGAAGGCGCAAAACAUUCGCGCAAACCGGAGAUAAUGGCGGACGCGGCAUACAUUGUUCUGUCUCAAGAUCCCACAUCAUGCACGGGGAACUUCUUUAUUGACCAGGAACUUCUCAUGCAGUACGGCAUCCGGGAAUUCGACGAUUAUGCGUGCGAUGAAGACACCAAGGACGACCUACACAUUGAUGUUUUCGUUGAUGUUGAUGAUAAUCCGACCAUGGUGCUUUCCAAACUGUAAAUAUGUAACUACAAUCCGCCGGUAAGGGAAAUGUCAUGACUGCAUAUAUCAAUAAUGGUGUUGGUGAUUUUAUACGUACUAUCAUUUAAUCAAAUAAAUGGUUUGACCAUUAA